GCAAGAGAUCUGGACGGGCGCAGCCAGCGAUGGCAGCGUCCAGUGCCCGAGCCUCCCAGGCUUCUUCAGCUUCGGGCCAUAUGUCGGAGGGAGAAGCGGCGGAUCCUCCACCCCUCAGCCGGGGAAGCGUUGGGCACCCAGAGUUUUGCACGCGCCCUUGCGUUUACCUCUCCGGGCAUGGCUCAUGCCCCCGCAAGGAGGAGUGCAACUUUUGCCACGCCCCGCACGCAGUGCAAAACCGGCGGGGCCGCAGGCGUUUUGAACAGCAAGGACGUCAGAACCUCGACGCCAUGUCGGACAUCCAGCUCCUGAUAGCCUUGCACGUUGCCUUGUGCAGACUGCUGUCCAACCCAAGAACGAACAACGCACCGAUGCGGGCGAUCAUCCGGUGCUGCGAGCAAGAGAUCGCAAAACUGAACGUUUCCGGAGCUCCAGCGUCAAUGACGCCAGAAAUGCUGAAUGCUUUCGCACGUCUGCAACCUGGACCCAUGCUAAGCAUGGUGACCGCGCGAUUGAGCGCUGGCCCGAAGCAGAAACUCUCCGGUGCAGUAGCGCACCUUUACGAGCACCUGGAGAGUGCCGUGUCAGUUGCACAGAAUCCCUGA